AUGGUGCUCGCCCUCCUGGUGGCCACGUACAGGCUCUGCCGCUUGGCCAUGUCGGGCGUGGAGGCGCUGGCGGGGCUGCUGCCCGGCCACGGGGGCCACGAGGGCUGGUGGCCGGAGGGCCUGGAGGUCCCCGAGGAGCUCUCCCCCGGCCUGGCCGCCGGCAUCCAUGCCGCCCUGAGCAGGAUCCUGCCCACCCUGCACCGGGCCCUCUCCGCUGCCAAGCAGGCGGCCAGCCCCGAGGAGAGCCGGGCGGGCCUGGCCGAGAUCCUGGCGCUGGUGGAGGAGGCGUGGGCCCUGCCGGCUGUGGGCAGGGAGGUGGCCAAGGGGCUGUGCGACGCCCUGCGCCUGGAGGGGGGGCUGGACCUGCUGCUGUCCCAGCUCCAGGCGGCCGAUCGCGACACCAAGGGCCAGGCGGCCCAGCUGCUGGAGCAGAUCCUGGUGGCGGAGAACAGGAACCGCGUGGCUCAGAUGGGGCUGGGCGUGGUGCUGAGCCUGGCCCGGGAGCGUGACUGCCUGCCCUUGGCGCGCAGCACGGCAGGCAUCCUGGAGCACAUGUUCAAGCACUCGGAGGACACCUGCCUGCAGCUGAUCUCCGGCGGCGGCCUGGACGCCAUCCUCUACUGGUGCCGCAGCAACGACACGCCGCUGCUGCGGCACUGCGCCACGGCCCUGGCCAACUGCGCCAUGUACGGCGGGCCGGGCAACCAGCGGCUGAUGGCGGAGAAGCGGGCGCCGGAGUGGCUCUUCCCGCUGGCCUUCUCCACAGAGGACGCCCUGGUCCAGUUCCAGGCCUGCCUGGCCGUGGUGGUGCUGGCCAGCAACAAGGAGAUCGAGAAGGAGGUGGAGGGCUCGGGGACGCUGGCCCUGGUGGAGCCCUUCCUGGCCGGCCGCAGCCCGGGGCUCUUCGCCCGCACCCUGCUGGGCAGCAGCGACAACAGCCAGGGCCGGACGGCCGACGACCUGCAGUACCUGGUGCCCCUGCUGGACAGCUCCCGCCUGGAGGCCCAGGGCGUGGCCACCUUCUACCUGUGCGUGGAGGCCGCCAUCAAGGCCCGGCAGAAGAAGACCGAGAUCUUCGCCGAGAUCGGGGCCCUCCAGAGCCUGAAGCGCAUCGUCUGCUACUCGCCCAACGGCACCACCUCCUCGCUGGCCAAGCAGGCCCUGCGCACGAUGGGCGAGGAGGUGCCCCGCCGGCUCCAGCGCUCGGUCCCCACCUGGAAGCCCCCCGAAGUGCAGAAGUGGCUGCGGCAGAUCGGCUUUGCCGAGUACUGUCCCCAGUUCCUGAAAGUCAAGGUGGACGGCGACCUGCUCCUGCGCAUGACGCACGAGGACCUGUCGGGCGGCCUGCAGAUGCGCUGCAAACUGACCCGCACGCGGUUCCUGCGCGAGCUGACGGAGCUGAAGACGUACGCCAGCUACUCCAGCUGCGACCGCAGCAACCUGUCCGACUGGCUGGCCGGCGUGGAGCCUGCCUUCCGCCAGUACACCUACAGCCUGGUCAGCUGCGGCAUCGACCGCAACUCCCUGCACCGCGUCACCGAGCAGCAGCUCCUGGAGGACUGCGGCAUCCGCGUGGGCUUCCACCGCGCCCGCAUCCUCUCCGCGGCCCGCGAGAUGCUCCACUCCCCCUUGCCCUGCAGCAGCGGCGGGAAAGGCGCUUCCAACGGGACGGACGUGUUCAUCAGCUACCGGAGGAGCACCGGCUCGCAGCUGGCCAGCCUGCUCAAAGUCCACCUGCAGCUGCACGGCUUCAGCGUCUUCCUGGACGUGGAGAAACUGGAGGCCGGCAAGUUCGAGGACAAGAUCACGCAGAGCGUGACGGGUGCCCAGAACUUCGUGCUGGUGCUGAGCCGCCAGGCCCUGGACCGCUGCAUGGGGGACACCGAAUGCAAGGACUGGGUGCACAAGGAAAUCGCCCUGGCUCUGCGCUGUGGGAAGAACAUCAUCCCGGUGACGGACCACUUCGACUGGCCUGACCAGGCCCAGCUCCCGGAAGACAUGCGGGCCGUGCUGAAGUUCAACGGGAUCCGAUGGUCCCACGAGUACCAGGAGGCGACAAUCGAGAAGCUCAUCCGGUUCCUGCAGGGCCGCUCGUCCCGGGACUCCUCCACCGGCUCCGAGAACAGCCUGGAGUGCGGCCCCCCGCUCGGGCAGACCUAG